GUCACGAAGUAAGGUGUAAAUCUUAAUAUCUGAGCACCACCAAAAAAAAAAUAAAAUAACAUAAAUCAUAAUAAUAAAAAUCGUGACUUCAAAAGAGCAGAGGUCUAACUUGAGGAAGGUACUAUUAUUAUUUGUCACAACUCAAAGCGUGAAGGUGGUAAAUGAAAUCCUGAUAUUCUAAAAAGGAAACGAAAAACAUGCGCUAAAAACGUCAGGUUUUUAAUCAUUUUUAAGUUCAAUUUUGGGAGGAACAGAAUUAUACGUGCUCAGGAUGUUAGCUCCAUCAUCAUCAUCAUCAUCAUCCGCAUUGAAAUGGGUGGUGCAAACUCCAUUUCAUGGUUUCCCACACUGCCCCAAUUGUCCCUCGCAACAAUCACCAAUUAGUAGCAUUAAGUUUCCAGAUAAAACCCGCCGUACAACCCCCAGAUUCUCAAUUUUGCAGACCAAAGCCUCCAUUGAUGAGAAGCUCCCUGUUCUUGAUCCUGAUGUACAAGAACAGCCCACCUCACGACAAGAAGUUGAAGAGAGUGUUCGGGUGCUGAAAAAUGCGGCCAAGACGAGGAAAGUUCCGGCCAAGGAUAUACUCUCGGCUUUCGCCGUGAUUGAGAAGGCGAAAAUCGAUCCUUCAGGAUUUCUUGAAACUCUUGGUGGAACAGAGUCACCUGGUAGAACAUGGAUGCUGAUAUUUACUGCACAGGUUAUAUGUUUUUAUCACUUCUGCUACCUCUUGGGGAUAAUCAUCCAAUUGAUUUUCAUUCUGAUCUUAAUUAGGAAUUGUGAUAUUUGCAGAAAAAGCUGGAAAGCGGUAAAUACUUCCCAAUCACUGCUGUUCAGCGGUUUGAUGCAGCUGUAAGUUUCCUUGAAAUGGCCUUUGUUGUUUAUAUCAAUUGAUCUUUAUGACAAAUCACUUUGGGGAUUCUGGAGUAGUGGAGUUUGCUCACUAAGUUAAAUGAAAUAGUAACUUAGAACUCGGGUACAAAGUGCGUUCUGUUUGAUGAAUUUAGGGAGUGAUUGAUCUGCACCAAGAACAUUUUGUUGGGAAUGUGGAAAAUGCAACUUCUUUUCUUGUUGUUGACCUUCAAUUUUGUUCGGCACAAGUGCAUUUCGCUCUUACACUUGCUUGAAUGAUUAUGAAUGACACCAUCUAUUCAUGUCGAUUUUUCCAGUGCGAUUAACAUUUUCUUUCAGAAUGAGUGAUGUGGUGUGGUCUUUGAUUGAUGUAUACAGUUCACAUCUGGUUUAUGGAGAAGGAUCACUCGAUUAUUUGUGUUUUAUGGUCUGGAAUUCGUUGAAGCCAUGCCUUUCUUCAAUGGAUAUGGAGGAUGAAGAAAACUUAGAUUCGGUUAUUAUACCUUUUGGAGAUUAACAUAUUAUCACUUGUGUUUUCAGGGGAGGAGGAUUGAGAAUGGAGUAUUUUUGGGACCUCUUGGAUUCUUGACAUUUGAAGGCAGAUUCUCUUGGAAGAAGAGAAUACUGGCCUUCAUAUUUGAGCGCAUUCGAAUAAAAAUAGGGCCUUUGAGCCCUUUUGAAUUCAGCUUUAAAGGAGAAGAUAACAGAGAACCAAGCAACAAGGAUCCAUUUUUCAUUUGGUUUUACAUUGAUGAGGAAAUAGCAGUUGCUAGAGGUAGAAGUGGCGGCACUGCUUUCUGGGUUCGCUGUCAGCGUGUUGGCAGUUCUUGAAUCUAUUUUCGCAUUCCUAGUGUGUAUAUUCUGCUGAAAGAGAAUUACAGUGACUGUCGUGAUUUGGCUGCUACUGUAGUAUUGCUCAAAACCACAGUUGACUAUAUAUAUUGGUAGCUUGAAGAGAGUUAAUCGCAGACCAUUUGUGUUUUCUCUGAUAGCAAAGACCUUAAAUAAGUUCUCGACAAGCAAGCCUGUCGUGUUCUAAAGGAUUUCCUGGUUCUCAAACAUAAGAGGAUGUCGAAGUUGAAUGAAUUCUUCAUGUUCAAUUUGUGAAAGGAAAUGUGGUACGAUUCAUGCACAAAUUGUGUUUUACAGGAGUGGUUCAGAAGGAUGAUCUUAUGACGAUAUAUUGUUUUAUUUAUCAAUCGUUCAUAAACCACAAUCUUCAUCCUUUUGAUUUCAUUCGAUGUCCUAUUAGUUUCUUAGCUUUUAGUUGAUAAAAUUGUGCAGAUUAAAGGUCCUGCAUUGUUUAAGAGCAGAAUUAGAAUAUGCUAAAAUUAUUACUCCUUUCGACUUUUGAAGUUAAUUAAUGCAUAUCAGACCAUGAGAUGAACUCAGACGUGACUAACUGUCAACUUAAUGCAAACCUCCUCUUCAAUUCGAGUUUGGAAUGACAGCAGUUGGUUCAGACAAAGGGGAUUGCAGACAUAGUCCCCUCCUGUAAUGAGAAAUGCAAUGUCUGCUACUGAUUUAAUAUUCUUCUUUCUAUUUUGUUUGCACAAUUAAGGACCUUCGCUUGAUGUGUUAUUGAUUGGUUUUCCAUUUUUGUACGUAUAUAUUUAUUUACGCACAAAAAACAUUCUUUUUCUUUGAUAUUCUUUUCCCUCAAGAAGUU